AUGGUUGUUGUUUGCUCCAAAUCUUGCUACUCUACGAGUGUGCAGGCGACGAAUGUAGAAGAAAUCAUAAGGAAAGAGAGAGCUAUCUCUUGCUGUUCUGCUCGCUUCGACAUGAUUCCUUUCGAGAAACUGGAGCUGCUUGUUUUAGAAGGCUUGGAAGAACUGAAAACCAUCUAUUGGGAGGCUCUGCCAUUUCCAGAAUUGAAAGAAAUCAAGAUAAGAAGCUGUCCACAUUUGAGAAGACUUCUGAUUAAUUCUGCGAGCGCGCAAGGACAUACUCUUGUCAUCAGCGCAGAGAAGGAAUGGAUUCAAGAACUCGAAUGGGAAGACGAAGAAGCAAAGCAACGGCUAUUUUCAAACUAA